AUGUUACAGAAAUUCCUCUCAGACAUCCUAAACCAAGUGGUGGGGAGCUUUAUUUACGGAAUAAAUGACGAGGAGUUCGGGAUAAGCGACCUCCUGAGCGGAAAGCUGGAGCUAACAAACAUCCACCUGAAGCAGUCCAUAAUUGAUAUGAUUGACAUCCCAUGUAGACUAAACUUUGGGUGCAUUGGAUACUUCAAAAUUAAUUUACCCAUUUUUUAUUUCAUGAAGAAUCCCAUCAAUGUGUACAUAGAAGAUGUGAUCCUAGUGCUUUCUACAAUCCCGCCAAAAUAUUUCGACGACAAAUUGUACAAGGAGAAAUAUAUAGAAAAUAAAAAAAACUCAUUGCUAUCGUCAGAGUACAGAGAUAUUGUUUGUUCCAUAGAAGGGGGAGUCAUCUGGCAAAUGCUGCUCUCGGCAAUAAAUAAUAUAAACAUUUCAGUGAAGAAUGUACACAUACGGAUAGAAGAUUUCACGUGCAACCCUUCUAGCUGUUUUUCCUUUGGAAUCAGCGUCGAGGAAUUGUUCCUAAACUUACCAAAAGAUGGAUUGCCCUUCAAAAGGGCUGGUUAUUACACCAAAAAAAAUGAACUGGUUAAUAACACAAUGAUAAAUAUGAUAACGAUUAAAAAGUUGGGCUUCUACAUGGAUUACCUGGAUAUGAAAAAAAUUAUGAACAAAAAGUAUCAUGCACAGUGGGAUAAUCUAUACAUGAACGAUUUUAGCUCCUUCGAUGUUGGUUCCAAGGAGGGGAAAAAACACACUAUGGCAGGGGGAAAAAGAAGAAAAAGGAAAAAAAAGGGCCAAAGAAAAAGAGAAAAACAUUCGAAUAAUUCUGCACACAAGCGCCGAAAGAAAGGGGCACACCUGAACAAAGUGAAAAAUAUCAAAUCGAAUGAGGAAAACUUGAAGGACUUCCAAAAUGUUCUUCAAAGUGUUAAGAACAGUUUCUCAGAAAUGAGGAGUAAUAAGCUGGAUGUAAACAGUAUGAGCAAAUUUAACCAAAAAAUUCACCAAAUUAAUAAAAGAGUAUUACAAAAAAAUCGGAAUGAUCACACAAAAUCCACUCAAGAUCCCAUUAUUGAGGGAAGCCUCACAGACACUCAUGGUGAUCACGCUAGUAAUUGCUUGGGGAAGAAGGAUGCGAAGUGCUCCCUAUCUAUUAGCAACUUUUACAAUUUUAACCUUUUCUCCAAAAAGGACGAAAAAAUACUGCCAAUUAUGCACAACUUAGGCAUCGACAAUGACGUCAGCUGGGUUGCCUGCAUCACCAAAUUUGCAGAGUCUCUAGAAAAUCCCGUCCUUAAGCGAAAGAAAAAUGAACUCAUCAAGCGUAAAAGGAAAAGGAACCCAGACGUGAAGAAGAAAUGUGACGACUUUGUCCUACAUGGCGAAGACAGGAAGAGUAACCAAAUGAAUAUCGAUUCCCCAGUUAAGCACCCAUCAAAUCAUGCCAAGGAGGAAGGCCCAAAUUAUCUCAACAAAGCCGUGUCCUUCUUCUCGCUAAACUCGUUUACCAACGUUAUUAAUAAAAGUUUGAUAAAUCGGACUAGCAACAAAGGUAGUGAUGACAUGUUGAGCCCCACCAAGGGGCGCGUCCUCAGCGAUGGGUACUUCACCAGCAAGGAGAAUUACACCGAUCAAGAGUCCCUCGGUAGAAAUGGCCACAUUGGUAAUGACUCCUCAAAGCGUGGUAACACCCCUUUUAGACACGUGAAGAAGAAGAAGAGGUAUGUACGUGUAAAAAAGAGGCCAACCGAUUGCGGAGAGAGCAAGUAUCAGGAUGUGGUGGACGAUUGUAAGCAAAAUUCAGACGGGGGAGCAAGCUUCCCUUUUUUCGUAAAUUGCGAUAGUACAGUUUGUCUCAACUUUGCAAGUGACCCGGAAAAGAGAACCAGCACGGGUAGACACCGUGGUAUGAGGAGACUGGGAGACGCUCAGCGCAAAAGCCAAUCGUACGUCGCAACAGAGUCGGAAUCAGAAUUCGAGAAAGAGGAAAAAUUCACAAAGUAUGUAAAAAAAAACGAAAUAAAAGAAAAAAUACGCACCAGAAAAAAAAAAAAAAUACACUCAGUCUAUCUAAUGUACGAAAAAACCUACAAAAUAAGGAAAGAAAAAUUGAACACAUUUUAUCUCUUUUUACAACUUAUAAAAAAUAUAAAGCAUGAGUAUGUAAUAAAUCCGAAUUGCUUUGAAGGUUAUGGUGAAAUUUAUCUCAGUUUGAUUCCGAUUGACCAUGGACGGCUUCCCUUUGCUCGAUGCUUCUCAAGCUGGGGCAUCCAAAGAAGAAGCGAAAAAGAGUUUGAAGAAUGUCUACCUAAAUUAAGUGUCUUCAUCACGUUGAAGAAUAUAAAAAUGAUUUUUUCUGAUAAGCAAAUAUUAAAUUUUGUCAAGUGGAUAAACUUAAAUUUUUUUACGUAUGCUGUUUGGAAGGCAGGAAUCCUCUCCCAGUUUGAGAAAGUCAAGGCGAACCAUGAAGACGAAAUUGCCUACAUAAACAAAUGGGUUCUAAAGCUCCUAGACACACACACAUCCAAGGAGGAGAAGAUAGAUGCAGAGAAAUUCUGCGAGCAGUUCGAAAAUAAUCAUUCCAUAAAUAUAAUUAACUUGCUGCGGGGUAAGGCCUUCUGCAAGCUACAGGAGUUGAGGAAGGAGGUGGAGUUCCGAGGCGGCGCCACGGGGGAGAAUCCAAAGAAUCUUCUGAACAGGGGCGACAAAAUGGCCGAAGCAUACAUCCGCGAUAGCAUUCGUGAAGCGGAAAAUGACGCUGUAACAGAUAAGACUUCCCCGGAGGAAGGCGGAGCAUCCAGCGGUGAAGACGGAAAGGAUAACCAACUGAAGCAAGCGGCCAACGAGAGUAUACACGGGCUCAAACUUUUAAUGAAAAAUCAAAAAGCGUAUAAUAAAAUUAAAAGCUCUUUCCGUGAAAAAACAUUCACCAUAGAUAUUUGUAUAGACAUCUGCAUCAUUAACAGUACCUGCUUGUUGACGGUUGAAACAUGCAACCGAGUAAACACGAGGACGGUGAAUUUCGUCAAAACGUAUGCCCUGCUCAUGCAGUGCAUUCACUACCAUAAUCAAAUAUCAAAUACAUACGAAUUGAAGAACUCCAUAGAUUUAGAGCUUUACCCCUUAACAUUACUUCUCGUAGUUAAAAAUCUAGACAACAAGUAUAUCAAGCCGGACAUAAACGUAUUGUAUAUACUUACCAACGCAGGUAAGAAAGACACCUACGAAAAUUAUCAGAACAAAUUUCUGUUCAAUGUGGAUAAUUUCGAGUUCUUAAAAAAGUACAACUUACUGAAGAGGGCUAAUAAACCUAACGAUGAUUAUGCGAAAUGGAGAGAUCAAAGGGAGAAUUUAAACCUUGGGGGCUUAAGACAAAAGCUUAAAUUUUUGGUGGAAGACAACUUUUUCUUUUAUCCAAAAAGAGAGGGUAACCUCUACUGCAAUGAGCUAAAUAAUAUCAUCUUGUCGAACCCGUCGAUUUAUCUCAGAUAUGAUAAUCACCACUACAACAUCCUGGAGAAGCCAGACCAUCAACUCUUCUUUCAUAGCUGUGCUGAUUCCAUAUUUAACAUAAACGCAGAGAUCGUUAACUCAUUCAUUGAUGAUUAUUUUCAUUUUUCCGACGUUAGAGAAGUCCUGUCAAAGAAGAAACAACAAACAGUCUCUUUUAAGAAGAAGGAAUACUUUUUAGAACUGGGAGCAAGAUAUUGUAACGACAUUUUAGAUAACUAUACCACACAUACAAACCUCUUCCUAGAUGUGGAACUUGAAAAAAUACUCUCCUUUGUCAUUACGAAAUCUGGAAAAGGCUCGGAGGUGCAGGGCUACAGCUUAAAUCUGAAUCCGCUCAAGAUCGUUAGUCAGCUAACGCAACGGAUGCCUUCUUACGACGAAUCGGUCACUAACAAAAAUGUCUAUGACUCCUUCUUCGUACAAUUUCAUGGAAUAAAGGUAAAACGCAUUUUAAACUGGGACUACGCAGCUAGGAAUUAUAAAACUUAUUUGGAUCAGAACUUUAUAAGAACCUACAGUAGCUUAUUUCAUUCGAAAAGUAGAGGUUACCUUGAUGGAAAGAAAGUUGCCCGAGACAAAUUUUCAUUCAACCUGAACCGGGAAAACCAUGUAGAUGGAAAUUCUCACCAUGGAAAUUAUGUGGAUGGAAAUUCCCGAGGGAUAAACCUUGUAGGUAGAAAUUCCCAAGGGGGAAGUGCUUUGGCCUCGCAUGGAGAAGUAGCAGGGAGCAAAAGUGAGGCAAGUAGUCAAUGUCACACUGACCAAAGCAGCUACAAUGGGCAGAAUCAUCAUCCCCGCGAUCCUACACAACACAAUGACGAUAAUAAUAACAACCUGUACAACUCCAGUGAUAGAAAAAAACAAUCAGAAAUUUUUAACUUAAAAGGAAAUGAAAACAACCACGACAGUGAAUAUUCUUCUCUGGAAAAUUACAAACAAAGGAAGAGUAACAAAUCUUUAAGGUCCACCAGUUGCCCAUCUGCCAAAAAUGGGAGGGAUGUUUCCAUGGCUCAGGAUCCCCUAGAUGGGGGAAAGAGCAGCAUAAAAGGAGCGUCAUACAACAUUAGCAACGCCAAAGGGGCCUACUACAUGGACAAAGGGUACGGAGCCUUUUUUUUUAAAACAUGUGCAAAUGACUACCAAGAGGAAGAAGAAAUUCUGGAGAAUCACAGCUUCCUCGACAUGUACAAAAAAUCGUGGAACCAGGCCACAUACAAUGAUAAAAACAUACAAGAUGACUAUUCGCACUGCAACAAAGAAUGUGUAGACUACGAAAAAAGUGAAGAUAAAUCGUCUAAUUAUGUUUUUUCCAUGAGCGAAAAGGCAUCCUGCACCAUCCACCUGUGUCACUUAAAAUUCAACCCAACGUUCCCCAUGUUUAUCAUGAAGCUUAACGAAGAAAAUCUCUAUCUCAAUAUUUGUGAUUACGACUUGGAGUUUUUUUUUCUCAUUUUUUCCUACAUUUAUGGACACUACAACACACAGCAGAUGGAAAAUAAAAAAAGAAAUAUUCUUUUCUUAAAAAAAAAAAUUAAGUCCAUGUGUAAAUUGAACCAAAAAUACUAUAAGGCGUACGACAACGUUCACAAGGACAAAGUGGUUGUGCCUUUGUUUAGCAAAUCUGUUGCCGAAUCGGUUCACCUCAAGCGAAGGCACCCUAGCGGAAGGAAGGUGACAGAUGAAAUGGCCACCAAUAGUGCUUCCGCUCCUCCUAUCCAUUCUAGCCCCAGUGCAAAAGUUAAAAGGAGAAGAAAAAAGCUCAAAGGAGGACAGUCCGACCAAAGGGACGACACCCAUGCGCAGUCCACUCAGGAGGAUACCACCCUGGAUGGAGAAAAAAAGCAGAAGAAAAAAAGUGACAAGUUUAACAAGUUUGACCAGUGUGACAAGAGUGGAUACCCACUUCGCAAAAAGAGGUCAACGAUAUUUAACUUGCCGCCAUAUAGGAAGGGCAGAACAGCAGACGUGUUAAGAAGCCCAAAUAAGGAACUUCCCCUAACGGGUGAAUCUGGCGGACAGAAGAGGGACACGGUCGUUGGGUACUUAAGUGAUAGCCACGUGAGAACAACAAGGGAGUUCUCCAUAUCGAAAUUAAGAGCCGAUUUGCCUGGAAUUUUUGGCGAAGGUGGGGAUCAUGGCGGGUUGGAGAAUGACGGUGACUAUUUCGUGACAAAAGAGCGAAUUGGACAAGGAUAUUCCCUUUUACGAGGCAAAAUUGGCGAAAAGGGCAUCUGCCCAGGGGACGCAACACGGACAACCAAGGGGUCAACCAGAUGGACAACCAGAUGGACAACCAAAGGUGACCAAGAGGAUGAGGAAAAUGGAAACGAAUUGGGGGGCUCCUUCACAAGGUUAAGUGACCAAUCAGAUUCUUCCCUCUUGUGGAAUGGCAAAGAUAUGACCGAGGUGAAGAAGAAUUACCGCUACAGUGGCACCUCUUCUCCCAUCGAGCAGGAGAAACCAGAGGAGGGGGAAAAAGACAAUUUAGCAAAAAUUAAAAAAAAAAAAAAAGAAAGGGAAAAAAAGAGGGAAACAAACCAGAUAGAACGAAUAGAUAGCCACCUCUUCAACGGUGAGGGCCAACACAUACAGAUCUCGUCAGACGACGAUUCCUGGGUCGAUCUGCUCGAAAACUAUGACAGUGACGAAUCGCUAGAUGACAAUGAAAAAACAAAAGUGAAGCAAAUGCUAGUCGAUAUAGAGAAUAUUAAAAAAAGGUUAGCUCAUAACAAUUUCAGCAUUACGUGCAGCUUUUCCCUGUCUAUCAAAAAAAUAUUUAUCCGCUUCUGGAAAAGGAGUAUCCCCCUAAAGGGACGAAACAAAUUCAACGAGUUUGGAAGUCUUAAUACAUUUGAAUUAACAGAAAAUGUCGCCAAAUGGGAGAAUAAAGUAUCUCCUAUAUUGGGUAGUGGCAAAAAUAAGGCCAAACUAUCCACUGCCCAGGAUAAGGAUGACCAGAUAGCGGUCCAAGGGGAAGGGGACACACUGCACAAUUUGACCAGCACGUUAAGAGAUCACGAAAUGAAUGGCUUCCACAGGAAAGACAAAAGCAACGUCACGAUGGAGGGAAGCAAAGAUGAUCUAUUUUGUAACAAAAACUUCAUUGCACUUAACGAAAAUAUGCAAAAGAGUAUGUUCAAUAGUAUGCAGUAUGCCAUUCCCCUGUGCACCUUCAUUUUUUCUGAUAUAUUUUUUGUUGCAAAGGUGGAAAAAGAUAACUUCACAUAUAUUUUAUACUCCAUGAAUGGAGUCGACGUGAGGGAUGAGACCAACAUCACGCUGCUCAGCAUGAGCUCCAUUUAUCAUAGCGACUCGAAGUUUGUCAAUCGCGGCGGGUUCGGCACCAACAGGGGACAGAGCAUCCGCGGGGUGAAAUCUGGCAAUUGGGGUAGGAGCAAGAGUGCGGAGAAGCAGAACAGCACGGAGAAGUGGAAGAUAGUGGAGAAGCGGAAGAUAGCGCAGAAGCCGAAGAACGCGGAGAAGCUCCCAAAUGGGGAGAAUUUCCCAGCUUCGGAAAAAUCACGCAAGCUGGAUAGAGUUGACCACGCGAAAGAGAAAGGGAAAAGUGAGGAUCCCCUCAACAGUAACGACAUGAUUGAAACGCAGGACACGUUUUUGGACUACUCCAUAAGCAACAUCGAUUUGCCGGACCUCGAGAAAACACACCUGGUCUUGCUCUACUUUGGCUACCUAUUCAAAAAUAACCACACGUUCAAAUUCAUAUUAAACAGGACGAAAGUGAAAAUAUUUUGGGAAAUUGUUGAUGAAUUUCUAACGUGGCUUUUAAGCAUUAAUGAGUUGCUACCCCAAAUGAACACAAUUGAGGACGACAUCAACCGAACAUUGGACAACAGUGAAGAUAUUCAUUUAGAUUAUUUGCAAAAAGUUCAGCAUAUAAACUAUGACAUUAUCUCCAUUAUGCAUAGCAAUACCAUCGUUUCUGGAAAGGGCACCUACAAAAUUCCUGUGGACAGUUUGAUUAACCGAUACAGUGCUAUGUUUCAGUGCAGCGAAAUGGAGAGUAACCCAAAUGAUGAGGAACACGAAACUGUGGGUGGUGUCAAGGAAGGAGAAGUAACCUACACCGACGCGGAGGAUGACCCGACAGACAAAUACUAUCUCGUAACAGAAGAUAAAUCGAUCUCUUGCAACCAGUACAACACAAUCAUCAUUGAAAAUGAGGAAGGUAUUAAUAUCACCUUGAAGGAAAUCCUAUUUCACGAAAACUACUUUUUUAAUUACACUUUUAACAAAAUAAAUAAAAAAAAAAAAGUCGAAAAAAUUUUAACUGCAUAUAGUGUAAAGACUGAUCUUCCCAAAGGAAAGCAAUUUCCCACCAGUGGGUCACACUCUAUAAUGCACAGACGUUGCUCCAAAUGGCCGCCACCAAAUGAGGGGAUACUACAGAAGAAGAAUUACCCCCUUCACUAUCACGCCGAUAAUACGAAGAGGGGAAGAAUACCUCUCAACAACUUGGAUGAACUAAACAGCUGCCACGAUUGUCUACAUUCAAAAAAUUUAAACUACACUGCCUACACAAAGGAAGUCUGUAAAAGCAAAUCAUACCCCUACGUCCAUGUAGACGUCGAAAUUAAUUACUUCGAAUUCUGGGUAGCUUUAGACCCUGUUAGGGUUCCGCAGAAAAGAAAAAAUUCCUAUCUUUUAAGCGACGAGGACAAUAGGGCAUGUCCUAACAGAGGGGAAAAAAUUAAAAGGAGACAAACUAGAAAGACAAGUGUGGUCGACAAACCGAAGGAAUGGAAAAAGAAGUCGAUAAAGAGCCGCACGAUGAAGGAACCUAAUAGGGGGAAAAAAAAACGCAAGGGGAGCGAUCCGUAUAUUCGAUACGAGAUGGAGGGGGGUGGAUCUCCUCCAGAAGGGGAAUACCCAUAUGGAGAAUACCCCGAUGGGGAAUACCUCACUGAGACACAUGAUAAUAAUCGAGGUGAGGAGAAGAAAACAGGCAGAUUCAAAUUUCGCGAAAGAAUGAAGUGGUGCAAAGGCGGAAACAUCGAUAAGUCCUACGUUUUGGCCACGAAGGGGUGCCUGAAGUCUGUGAUUUUCUUUCUGCUCUAUAAGGAGAGUUCAGAAGUGGGGGGGAAGGAAAAAGAAGUCGCACGGGGGCACUCCGGGGAUUCCUAUAACAGAAACGGUAGCGAUGGUGGCGCCGAUAGUGGGGAUGACGGCAAUGAAGGCCAUUCAUCUUCCCGGGCGCAAUCGCUAGGGGAUACCCCCACCAAGGAGUUUCCCCAAAGCAGCCAAACGAUCAGCAACGACUCGAGCAACCCGGCAAAGAGAAAUAACCCCAAUGAGCAAAUGGAGGAACUAAAAAUCAAAGUGAUGAACGCACUGAGUCAUUCCAAUUUGAACAAAGUACUAGACGCAAACGACUUUGUGAGAAGCAGAUUCAUGCAGUGGAUUAGCCAAGUGUCGUCAUACCUCCCAUGCAUACUAAAUAUAAAUAUAUUUCUCUCCCAAAUUACGAGUGCAAUAAGCAGACCUGUCACAAAAAGCCCCUUCCUCAGGGCCUACAUCGAUUGGAACAACGUGCCCUACAAUAACAUCCUCCUACAACCAUGCAGAGUAAACCUAAACUUCGAAAUCAAAAUACCAAGCCCAGAAAUAUUGAUAGAAAGAUGUCUAGGAAUAAAUAAAAUAACGAGUAUAAAAAUUGCACAGAAGGAUAGCCUACUGAUUCAGAACGACGUGGAAGGGAUUGACGUCAACUGUUCCUUCGAACCUAUUAUUCUGAAUGUGGAUUCUAACGCUUUAACGCUAAUGAACCAGCUAUGCAAUAUAAUAUUUGACUUCUCAACCUACUUCUUCGAUUUAUGCUCAUCAAAGGAGAAGGAAGAGGAAGAAGACUUGCUGCUAACAGUUACAUCCACAAAUGAUAAAAUUUACGACGACACAAGUGACCUAAUGCUCAGUGAUAGCUUUUAUUUUAAUGUUAUGAGUACUUCUACAUACGCCAUGUCCAGUGAAUAUUUGCUAAGUGACUCGGAGUCACCCCUUUCGAACCGCCACCAUUUGCAAGAAGAAAUGCACUCCUUCAAGAAAAAUGAACUGAGUAAACUAUUCGUGAGUUUUUGCCUACCCCCUAAAGGUAACACUCAUUCUAAUCCCUUCCGUAAAAUCAAAUCCGCUGGAGGGGACAACCUCGAAGGGGUACAAACAUUUCGAAGCAUAAAAAGUCUCAUCGCUAGCCAGAAUGAAAGGAAUCUAUUUGACCAACCCAGCAGUGAACCCCUCUUUACACACAACUCGGAGAAGCACAUCUUAAAAGAAAAGGAUGAUGUGAACUUCACGCAGAGGGAUUCUCACGAAAGGAUUAAAAGUCAGAUGGAUUACCCAUUAGACUCCAACACACUCAACAUGCUAAUGAUGAAUUUUGUAGAAAAUAUCAAAAUAAACUGUAACGUCAAUUUCGAUGUAAUCAUUUUGCAAGUAUGGGAUUCCAACACGGGCUACAAUGGGUGCUCUCUAAAUUUUGUCAUCGAGUAUUUUUCCUUCCAUUUAUAUUCCCUAAACAUUUAUGAGCAGAGUGUAGUAGCGGGAGGAGCAGACGGAGUAAGGGGAGGAGGGGAUUCCCUAUUGUUGGAUGAUCAAAUGGACCUUUCCCCCCGGAGGAGUCGAGUAGAUGGCAUAACAACUCACUGUAUUGGUGACGACAUGGGUUUCAAACCGAAUAUUCCCCUGGGUAGAAACAUGGACGUCUCUCCCUACAGUUUCAGAAAAAUUGGCACAGGGAAGAAUGCCCAAUUGGACGGGGCAUCCUAUGUGGAACUGUACUCACGUGAGACCUCCCACAGAGCGUGGACCAGAAGUGGCGAAAUCGGGUCAGCUUCCACGCCGAAUGACUUGAAACGCCCAAAUGAGGGGAAAAGCGAAAUAUACAUGUGUAGCAGAACCGCUGAGCAGAAUGACAGUCGAAGGGGGACAGACAUGACCAGGGUAAUAGAUGAUAUUGCCAUUUCUAUGGGCGCCGACGGGGGGGAAACUUCUCCAGAUGGAGCCAAAGGAAACCAUUUCAAAAACGACUUGUCAGACUGGAACCGGUGCAGAGAAGAAGCGCGAACUACUCCAAGCAGGAAAGAAAACAAAGGGUGGAGGAAACUAUUCGAUAGGGGCUAUUUGGUAAAAAAUAUUGUACAGUUGAUUGUAGGAAUAAAGAAAAUAUUCCAGAGGAUAUUUUUUAAAAAAAAGCAAAUCCAAAUGGAUGGAGUGGAUCGACUCGACCGACUGAGCCGAAUGGAGAGUAAUACAAAGCACAAUUCUACGAAAUUAAAAAAUGAAAAUAAAAAAUACCAAAACGGAAAUCACAUCUUCAUAAAUAACGAAUACAUGUUUACCGAUAUAAAAAAUUACAAAGAAAAUAAAAAGAGCAAAAAUGUGGAAUGCAAGAUAGAAAUUUUAGUGUACUGUGAAAAUUUUAACAAGAAGGAAAACUCCUACCAAACAUUUAUCGAGCCUGUCCGUGUAGAAAUUAUAGCUGUCAAAGAGGACCUAACUUCUCCAAUACAUCUGUACUACUAUUUCUCAUGGCUGAACAUUAAUUUCAAUUUUAUCUUUCUCGAUAAUAUCCUCUCCCUAUGCUGCAGUGUCAUUUUUUCUAUAAUAACACAGAGAACGCGUCUGCUCCUUGGGAGGCACAUAAACGAGAUAGACAAAAAAAGAAACAUGAAAAAACUUCCUCAGGGAGGAAAAAACUACAAAAAUGAUGAAGUCUCUUCCAAAAAUGUGGCUACAAAUAAUGUCAUAUACCAAACAGAAUAUGAAGACAACAACAUGGAGAAGAAAAACAUGAGCGAGAUGGAUGACACACACACGUCCAUGGGCUGGCCAAACUGCUACGCUGUCAUGGAUGAUGAACAAUACAAGGAUGUUCCUCUACUUACAAAUGAUCAUAUCCUAUUCAGAUACAACAAAUUCGACGUCUUGAAUAGCGUAAAUCGAUCCCUAGACACGUACAUUUUUGGAGAGUUCAUUUUGGAGAAGCUCCUGAGAAAUUAUCAGUAUUCGUGUCAGUAUCCAGGGGAUUAUCUAGCCAAGUAUGAAAACGAAUUUAAUGUGGACAAGUCUGAUUCUACCUCGGAGCAGAUGCUUCACAUUAAAUUGUUUAAUUACAUUAAGAAGAAGAAGAGACUCGAAAUGAAUAAUAUUUGUAAGAUUAACAAUUUGCUUGGUCAGCCUAUUGCUAUAUGCACCAUACAGGAGAAGGACGAUUUGUGCUAUGACCAGAGGGAGGGCCUCCAUUCGGAGGCAUGCAGAAACUCCUUCGGGGGGACGAAACAUUGCGAUAAUAAACAGAACCUCCUCUUGUCCACCAUAGAUAAGCUAUCAAACAGGAAAUUCAUGGAAGGUGGAGUUGGCGGACAUGCCGCUUUGCCAAACUCGGGUAUAGCGAGCAGAGACAGGGAGAAUCUCAGCCGUGCGAAGCGCAACUCGCAUGCAAAACGAAGAAGGAGCAGUAACUACCGUCCACCUGGUGAAGAAAACACUCUCGCAAAGGAAGAAGAAAAAAAAGAUUCCUCGUCCUACCUGAAUUAUCUAAACGGAGAGCACACAGACACGUCCACGACGCGCAGCAGCAAUGCACUAAAGUACCAAUGGAAAAUAUUAAGUAAUAACGAAUCGCUCGAUUUGCCCACGCACGAAAAUGGAAAGGUGAAAUUUUUCCUAAUCCGAUUCAGACUACUUAAUUAUAUCUAUGACAUCCCAUCAAGCAUACUCAACACGGGGGAUGAGAAUGAAGAUAUCAUUCGAUUAGUCAUUCCAGAGAGGAGAUUACCUCCAAAUAUAAACGCACAAGUGGAGGAAGAGCUAUAUAAUGAGCAACUCCUAGAAAUCGAUAACUUAUCCCUUGACAGUAACUAUCAUACUAUAUACCCAUCCAAUUACACUUCGCAAAGGCAUACUAAUACAAAUAAGGAAGAGGAGUGGAAGCCUGCCAACAUUCCACAACCACGCAAUCAUUUGUUUAUCUUUUUCCGGACAAGUAAUCGAAUCAGUCAUGAAGAAAAACAAGAGUAUGACUUUUUCCUAUCAUCCAUUGUCGCUGUUAAGAAUAAUACGGACUUUCCGCUUUAUGUUUUCAAAUCAGUACCAGGAAAUUCAAACCGAAAUGGCAUCUUUAAAGAGUAUUUUCACAAAUACAACACAGUACCGUCCCCCCCACCAACGUACACGCUAAAAAUUGAUAAAAAAAUCGAAAAGUUCAUCCAACAUAGUGUGGAGGUAAAUAACACAAUCAGUCAGGAAAAAAAUAAAAAAAAAAAAAAAAAAAAAGAGACAAUUAACAACAAUGACGUAGGGAACAGUUGGGCAGACCAAAUGAACGAUCAGACAGGUCACUAUCGUGAAAGCACAAAUAACAAAGAAAAGGCUAUUAACUAUAUUCAACAUAAGUCCUACUUGUAUGGAAGGAAAUGCAUUAAGAAUAUAUUUCCAUUGAUGAAACUGUCCUCCGUAGAGCAUUACAUCUCGGGCGACAUUAAAUUUAGCUCCUUAGCACCAGUGAAAUAUAAGAGGAAGAAAAAAAAAAGAGGAAAAAAAAGUAAGCAAAAGCAUGAAUUACAGAAGCGAUUUAUCAAAGAAAAAAUUAAAGAAAUAUACCUGAAGAGGGUUUUAAAAAAGACGAGACAUAAAAGGAUUAGAAAAUAUCAAAAUGGUCUUGUCUCUCGUGAAAAAUUUAGGGAUUUUUCUGGGCAAGUCAAUCCGUACAGAAAUAUAAUGUCCAUAAAUGAUUCAUUCUUCAGUUUCGCGAAGGGAUCUUCCACAGCAUCGGCAUCGUCGUCCGGUUCCUCUACCGCAUCCUCCUCCUUGACUUCUCCUCCUCUGGGAAUGGCAAAAAACACGUCUACCACAUCACUGAGCAUCACGGAUCUGUCCAACAUCACCUUGUCGUCCCUCUCCAAUUCGAUCUUCUCCAUGGAAAGCACGCUAAGUAACAGUUCUGCUUAUGGAAAUUCCUUGUGCAAUUAUGAUAAAGACAAUUCUGAGGAGCAGGCACUUCUUAAUGAAUACUUUAAAAAGGAGCAAACAAAUGUGCAAGGCGGGUUGGAUCUCAUAAAAAUAUCGAGCAAUAGUAAUAAAUUAAUCCCCAUACCUUUGUACUGGCUGGUAGCAGAGAAUGCAUUCAUAUGGCUGUCGAUACAAAAUGAAAAAAUAUACAAAGAGGAUCUAUAUGAUUUUUUGAAUGACCAUCAGAAUGCAGAUUAUAUAUGCACAAAGGCAACGCUUGACAAUAUGCUAAAUUACCACUCACCUUUCUCUGCCGACACAGCGAAGGUAUUCAAGCCAUCCAUAAUUAGGUUAAGAAACCACCUGCUAAAAGAAAAUAACGUUUUAACAAAGGAGGGAAAUAAAAAUAAUCAAAAUUUAUCAAACAGUUACAAUUUAAACUACAUGAAUUUGAAGGAGGUCCAUUUCACAUCCACCAUCAUCAGCGUCUACAAUCCCAAUUAUGUCCUACAUAAGAAGGACGCUCAUAAUUUCUUCCAAAUAUGUGUUGACCACGCCCUGAUGAUUAAUAAUAGUCUCCCGAGAACCAUGUUUAUGACCUAUGAGGUGCCCAAACAAAAGUCGACUAAGAAUCUGAAAAAGAGCGCUAGCACUUACACGAGUUUUCCAUCGGCAGAGCGCUUCAAUACGCAGAAAACGGGCGGCGACAGUGAUGAGUCGCUUUCUAUGCGUGGCUCCUACGUUAGAAGACCUAACGAGAGUGUCUGCGAUCGGUGUUGCCGCGGAGAGCAGUUCGUCUCAAGUGAGAAGUUCGCCUCGAGUGAGCAGCUCCCUUCUAGUGAACAGCUCCCUUCCAGAGAGCAACUUACCCAAAGUGAUGCCAAGCAAACGGCCCAAACCGACCCGCAUAGUACAAGUCAAGAGCGCUGUAACACGGAUGUCGUGCAGGAUGAAGAUGUCGAAAUUACACCCAUUGAGGUGCAGAAUUUCACCGAAGAAUACCUACAGAACAGAGACAACAGGACCGAUCAGAAGAAGGAAGAUCCCAAGAGAAGCAUCCUUUUUUUUGACAACCUCAAUGAGAAAAAAACAAACCUGAUCCCAAUCACACACGAUGGAGAAACUAUCCCGAUGAAGGACAAGGAGAUUUUGCUCAAAGAAGUUAGCAGUGAUAAAAAUGUGUUUAUAUAUAAAAACAAAAAAAGGGAAAACAGCCAAAAUGAAGAAAAUACCAAUGGGAAGCUAUACAUGGAAGAAACCAAUUUUAUCGUUACUAUAAAAAAGGAGAGCAAUAAGGACAUACACGAAAUUAGGAUUAAUCCAGGGCAAAGCAUAAAGCUGCCAUUCGUUCCUAACAAUAUAAGCAUCUGCUUUGAUGGAUACAAUUCGAGGACUAUAUCAAUUAACUACCCUCAUAAGAAGGGGCGGGAGAAAAUCAUCCUCGAGAAGGGGGCCAGAGAGGAGACGGCAUCGUUUUUCUCGCUUGACUAUGAGGAGGAAGAGUUCCCCAAUUAUGGGGAGACUGUUGGGAGCACCCCUGAUGGGAGCAGCGCGAGUGGCGGCGACGCCUCCCAGGGUGUAGUGAAGAUAGACCACGUCGCUCAUCCCAACCGCGUAACACAUGCGAACUACUCCAGUCACAGCCUAGCGGACGAAUCCUCACAGAGGGAGGAACUGUAUGCGCAUGCGCGCACAUUACCUCUUGGCGAAAUAAAGGACUACAUGAAAUAUGCAGACCUAAACAACGUGAAGUGGAAAAGUGAGCGGCUCGAGCAGAAACGAGAAAAUUAUAAAUCGUCUAAAAUUGAGGAAGGACAAAAACAGCUAACCAUAUGGGCGAUAUUCAACGAAUUUUACGAAACAGGCAAAAACAGAUACCAAGACAUCUCCUUGGAAAAAAUCCAUCAUGGAACAUAUUCAGUUUCCUGCACCUUCUUCGUAUCAGCUUGUGUAAUUAACCGAUUGAAUUACCCCAUUACGUUAAAAAGAAUAAACAAUGACAAUAUGAUAGUGAUCGAGCCAUACGUACGAAAAUUAUUGCCAUGUGAAUUUGCCAUGAGAAGAAACCGAGUGGUGAUAUCCUAUGAAACACUCAAGAAAGUAAAAAACUGGAUCAAUUAUCCGCUGAAGAAAUUUAUGAUUAGAAGGAAGAAAUUGAAAAGGACGAGGAAGGUAAUCAAAGAAAGGAAUCACAAAAUUGUAAGUACUGGUCCCCUCAUGCACAACCAAAAAAUAAAAUCGGAAGAGAUAAACAGUCCACAAAUGGAGGGAGAACAACAGAACAGUGGUCACACCGCCGAUAAUGACAUUCCAGAGACGUCUCAACCGAACCAUGCACACCCGAAAAGUAGCAGUAGAUCCAAUCUGUUUUCCCAAAUCACAAGAAGAAAAGGAAAUUGCUUCUUUUACCGAAGCAAUAUUAACAAACCGCUGGAGUCAGAAGAUUUUAGGAUCACCGAUUUGUCCAUCACCAGACUCACUUGCUCAAACAGAAAUAAAAAUAUGCCACAGUUGAAGUAUAGCGUAUAUAUGUCGAUAGCCCCCAUGCCGUUUUUUCGAACAACGGUUAUGGAGAUACUACCCUACAUAGUAAUAAUAAACAACACUAAGAUGGAUAUCGUUUUCCAGGAGUAUAUUAAAAAUUACACGUACUUUAGGUACAACAUUUUGAAGCCAGGGGCAUAUGUGGAAUUUCACCCCCAGUCUAAAAACAAAGCCAUGUUGAAAAUUUGCGGCAUCUUUGAAAACAGCUUCAAUUACGUCAUUGAUGAUUAUUUGCAGAAGGAGUUGUACUUAGAAAAUUUAGAUAAGGAGAAUGAGAAGGUGUUGGGGGGGAUAAAGGAGGAGGCUUGCGCCGGGGGUGAGAAGAGGAAGAGUCGGCGCUCCACAGUGGGGGACGAUUCCCAAACCAGGCGUGAUGACUUCUCCGCCAAAUGCAACCAGCUUUCCAACUGCGACGCGCUAUCCAACGGCGAAUCACCCCCCGAGCGUGCUCCUGCUGUUUCCCCCCUUAAUGGCAUCUCCCAGAAGCUGAGCAUCCUCGUGGACAUCGAACGAGGGAACCACCGCAUGUCCAAGCAGCAGUCGUCCUCCUCGAAAGAUACGUGUUGCACCAGUGCGCAAAACUCCCUUGAGAAGGAAAACGCGAGGAGAGCCAGUCGAAACGACACGAGACCAAAUAACAUGGUGAAGAAAUACAAAAAAGUAGAGGCGUUCAAAUUUCUCUACUGGUCGGAAGUGUUGGACCUGACCAGAGUGAGCAUGAUCUAUUUCCGCCAUCCAGUUGUAUCGAAUGAAAAUUUUAAGAAGCAAGAAAAGAAGCUUAAAAAACUAAAUCUUCUUUUAAAAAAUCAUGGCAAAAAUGACGCUGCUUAUCUGAAUAUAUCCAAAGAGCUAUUCAGAGCAAGUACCAUACCCUAUGAGUACACCUGCUGCUCAAUGGAGAUCUCCACGUACAAGGGUUGCCGAUUUGUGCGCUUCCAGGACAUCGACGUGGUGCCAUUUUACCUCUUAAAUCUCACCAAGUACAACAUCAAGCUGAGGCAGCUAGGCAUAUAUGAGCACUCCGAAGUGUUGCGGAAAAUCCCGAAAAAGAAGAAAAAAUCCUUCGACGAAAUAUUCAAAAAUUACGCUUUCAAUUUCUCAUUUUACAAUCCCUAUAAAGACGCCAAGCUGAAGAUUAGCAUACUUUCGUCGAGCAAGAAGAACGAACAGAAUAAAAAGGAAAAGAAGAGCAACAAAAGCGGCAACCGAAGCGACAACAAUAACUACAAUAGUAACAGUAACAGAAACAGUAAGAACCACUUGAACUAUCCAACCCCCGUGAGGAUUAAUCUGAAUAACGAACUCAACUACCUCAGCCUCUUGGCUACCAACUAUUUGAAGGACAACGAAUAUGCGAAAAUUAUUAACGAUAGAAUUUUUCACUUGAAACGAUUUUCAGAACAAGUGCAAAAUUUAAAGGAUGGAAAUGUGAACAUAAUUGAUUUGGCCAACUCGACCAAUGUCACUUUGUUAAAAUUGAGACAGGGUGAUGCAAUCGUUUACAUUCUUUGCUCUAAGAAAACGUACAACGGGAAGACCAUCUUUUCGUUCGAGAAUUACGACGAUCUUAUCAGCAACGUUUUGAAUUUCACGAAUGCAUCCCUCAGCCGUAAGCACAAUUACAAGGUGCUCAAGUCGUUACAUGUCUUCAGCAAGAAGAUAAGGAACGCGUACUUCGGGGGGAGGAACAAGAAGCAGGGCAAGCGCAAGAGGAACCGCAAGGAGUGGAAGGACUCCAUCGGGGGGAAGCACGCAUCAAUUGGGGAUUACACCCCCAACGGGCAGCAUGCACAUGGCGGACCCGAGCCGGCCAGUCCCCCAAAUCGCCCCCCUCGGAAGAAGGGGAAAAGCCCAAACGGAUGGCACUUACUGAACCUGUUUAGAAAAAGAAGCACCACUCGUUCUUUUGAAAAAGGACCGAGGCUAACCCACCUUAUUAGAGACCUAUAUGAGAAAAAAAUGAUCAAUAGGGAGGGGAAAAAAAAAGACACAUUAAAUUUAAACAUAUUUGCCCACUUGAUUUUUAAAGGAGUAGGGUUAAGCAUCAACAACCACAACUUAGAAGAAAUCCUCUACUUCUCCAUGGAAUAUAUAUUAGUUGUGUACAAACAGAUCAGUGAGAAGGAUUUGUUUCACUUAAACAUAGGAUGGCUUCAAAUAGACAACCACACGAAGAACACAGAUUAUAAGAAUGUGCUGCUCCCAAUUAUAGAUUUGAAGAAGAUCCACCAAGUGGAAAAUUCAGCAGAGGAGCAGCAUGACCAGAGUGCCCUCCAACAUAGUGGAGGAAGUACCUUCGGAAGGAAGUUAGGCACCGAGGACAUGACUACUCUUUAUCCGUCAAAGAGCGGCAAAUCAAAUGAUACCUUAUCACAUCACCCUAAGUACGAAAAUGAAUUUUACAAAACGAGUUCUAGGAAUAUAUUAAAGCGGAUUGGAGUUACAAAAGAUAUCUCUUGCGAGGAUUACUCCUAUUUCGAGAAAUAUAAUCUGCUAAUCAGUCCAAACACGAAUAACCCCUUGUCUAAUUCUUACAAGAUGUUCAUCCCUUCCUUUUUCUACGAACAACAUAACUCCGUCUUGGACGUAACUAUAGUGAAGAAGAACAGAGGAAACAUGAAGAACUUCCUUGAACUGUCAGAUGUGACUAUUAAACUUUCCCCCUUGAGUAUAAAUGUGGACUCCUAUUUUAUCAUCGAAAUUUUGAAGAUUUUCGACGAACUGUUAAAAAUACUAGAGUUCGAUUUGACCAAUUAUAAUUCGCUCAACUUGGAGAAGAAUAUCGAAUUGAGGGACACCGACUAUGACAGCUUGGAAUACAAACAGAAUAUGGGCCCAUUGGAAGAGCUUAUCAAGCACUACAUUCUGAAGGAUUAUCACUUAUAUGAACAGAUAGCCAACUUCAAAUUUAAUGUCACGCGGAAUGAGCAGGAGGUCGAGGAAAAGAAGGGGAAGAGGAAGAAGAAGGACGAGGAGGGAAGCCGCGGUGAAACGGCAAGCAGCAGUAUUUUCCACUCCAACACGUUUUGCAACAAAUCAGACAACGAGGUGCCCGACGUGAGGGCCUACAUUAGUAUGGUAAAUGAGUACAAAAAUUGGGGGCGCCGCGCAGAUGAAGGAGCCACUGGAAGUGACCAGGAUGAGGAAGCUGUGCGGAGCGACCCCUUGGGAGGACUAAACAAGCAGAGGCUCAUCCACCGAGGUAACCUGCCAGGUAAUCCAUCAGCUAACUCUGCAGCUAACGCCGUCGGUGGAGUGAAAGAUCCCAUGAUGAAGCAUAAAAGCGGCGUGCCUUGUCCAAAUGGGUACACCCACGGGGAACAACAAAUGCUAACCCAGAUUGCCACCUUAAAUAACGACAGACAAAACAACCUAAGUAGCAACUACAACUCGGACAUAUUUAACGAAAAAAGACUCAAGUACCUGCAAACCUGCGAGAAGUAUUACAAAAAUUUGCUAAACAAUCGAAAGCGUAUCUUGAAGAAGAUCCAAAAUAUUAACCUGAAAAAUAACUUAAUCAGUUUCGACAAGAUAUUUGUCUCCAAAUUAGAAAUCAACGAGAUUAAGCUAAUCAUUAACCUAAAGAAUAGAAGCCUAAGCUACGACAAGAAAAGUGAAAUAAUGGAGUCCAACGUCAUGAACGCUCUUGUUAUCCUUAUAAUGAACAUCCCAAACAUCAGUGACGCACAUUUACAAUUCGAGAAAGAGGUCAAAAAGAAUAUGUGUGGUUCGUUAGACGUAUUAAUAUGUAACGAAAUAAUGAAUGAUUAUAUAAACUCUGGUAUGAACCAAAUGUUCAAUGUUCUCGGGGCUGUGGAUUUUAUUGGAAAUCCUCUAAUAAUUUAUAAGCAUUGGAAAAAGGGUUACAACACCUUCAUUAAGGACUUAAAAAAAAGCUUGGAUUCGUGUUCUUUCCCAUUUUCAUUUUGUAUUUUACUUCUGAACAUACUUGGCCGAUUUGGAAAAAGCUUACUAUCAGGGAUCCUCGAAGGAGUGAGUAGACUUUGUGGAAGUUGGAGUACCUGCUUCGAACGAUUUUCUAGAAAUGCAGAUAAUUUCAGCAUCGUCACAAAUAGCAAUGUUUUGCAGAAUGAAAUUCUAGACCAACCAUCCAACUGUGCGGAGGGAAUAUGCUACGGGUGCCAGUCAUUUGUAAACAUCCUCUCCAUCAGCUGUGUCAAUACGAUUUAUAAACCAUUCAUGGCCAUAAAAAAAAUUAAAGGUUCUCGAAAAAAGGAAAAAGACAAAUUCAAGAUAUUCCUUUCAGUGACAACACUUAUGCUUUAUGGUUUGUUUAGCGGAUUUAGCAGCCUAUUUUUUGGAUUAUUCAAUAGCAUCUUAUCCUUUUUCACCUUUCUAUUUAUUGGCACAUUAAAUCAAAUACAGACGGUAACUAUGAAAUCGGUCGUCAGGCCAAAAAAAAUGAGCGUCAUUAAGGAGUACGCGAAAUUUGUUAACUACGAGUACCCACUGUCUUUCUCUAAUCAUAUCAUUAAUGAAAAAAAAAAAAAAAAAAAAUUUCUAAAAAAAAACAUUGUAGCUGUCAUUCCGUUAUAUUCCUUCAAAGACAACAACGCUAACAGCAUAAAAAACUUCCUCUGGGUUAGCAACAAAGAAGUGGGUUAUUGCCAGAAGGAUAAAUUGCUGUGGUCCCUGUUGACCAACUGCAUCAUCAAAGUUGAUAUUCUGCUAAUCCAGGUGGAUCAUGCUCAGGGGAAGAGAAAACUGUCCAUAUUAAAUCGAAAUAAAAACAAAAUAAAAAGCAAAAAGUCCAAUUUUAGCACAGGGGAUAAGGAAGAUGAUCAGCCAGUUAAAACCAAGUGGAACUUUCAUACAUUUUUCUACCCGCAAAAGUACAGACAGUUGGGGGACUUCAAACCAUCUUACUACAUUAGGAUACUCUACCGAUCUGUGUAUAAGGUAAAAAGAUCCCACCGGAAAACCAAGUUCAGGAACUUCUACUUCAGGAAAAAGGACGACUCCAACCACAGGCUGAGGCAAAUUAUGCGAAAAAACACCUACGAAAGGUACUUUGAGAAGCAGUUCAGGAAUGAGCAGCUGGCCUACCAGGAAGCGGACCAAAGCGACCACCCCAGUGACCACCCGAGCGAGGGGGGCAAGAGAGACGAUCAAAACCGACCUAAUGGUCACCACAAAGAUCGCCAUAGAAGCAAUCACCAUCGCAUCGAUAACCACUGUGACCAUGACAGGCGCGCCUCGUCCAACGAUCUGUUCAGGACACAACACAAAGUGCACAACUACUACACCAAAAAUGACGCCCGGGGGACCCCCCAAAACAGGGCCAAUAGACGAAAUGACGGAGAGGAAGACCCACUACACGAUGGAAAUAAUUACCGCGAGAGGGAAUGGAACUACCGAAGUAGUCGGCCAAGCAGUCGUGUCGGAAAGCGACAAAAGCUGAGUGAUCAGACGCCCCCAAAGGGUGAAAAAAAGAGCAGAUUAAAAAAAAAAGAUAGCUAUCCACACCACCAAAAUGAUAUACACAUUAAUGAAGAAUCUAGAAACAUCAACAAAUUGAAACAUAAAAAAAAACACGCAAGGAAACAUCAUACACAUAAAAGGAAAAAGUUUUUAUAUAUUUCAAAAUUGGUUAAAUGCGAAUCGAAGGAAGUUGCUCUGCACGCCUUUUCCCUCCUCCUAUCCUUUUUGGUGCAUAAAUCUCCCUACUACUUAAAAACUGCGAAUUAG